AGUAUCUGCAAUUGUUAUUUAAACCGAAGCUUGGCCUUUUGAAAUUUCUACUUCACAUUACUUUCAAAGCUCAUUGAUUUUAAGAAUGAAUGCUGUAGAAAAACAUACCAGAAAUUUGGUUGUUUCCAAAGAAGAUUUCAGUAAUUGCUAUGCAUCAUAUGCUCAAAUGCAGUAUCAUCAAUCAUUGUUCUCCAAUUCACUUCCAAAUAGCAACUUUAUUCAAUCAAGAUUUCCAAUUAGUUCUCAGGUGAUCAAUCAUACUGAUUAUGGAAUUGAACAACAAGAUGUGAAGCGUGGAGAUGUGAGGAUUGCAAAGCAGCGAAUACGAUGGACUCAUGAACUGCAUGAACAGUUUGUAGAGGCUGUUAAUUGUCUUGGAGGGCCAAUGAAAGCAACUCCAAAAGGAAUACUAAAAUUGAUGGAGUCACAAGGCCUAACAAUUUUUCACAUUAAGAGUCAUUUGCAGAAAUAUCGGGCAGUAAAGUGUAUUAUGAAUUUCUCUGAAGGUAAACAUGGAGGGAAAGCAAAUAAUGAUCGAAUGCCAAUUCACAACAGUAAAAAAAAUGGUGGAGUUCAUAUUUUAGAAGCUCUUCGUCUGCAAUUGGAUGUACAAAAGAACUUACAUGAACAAUUAGAGUUCCAGAAAAAGUUGCAGAGUAGAAUCGAGGAACAUGCGAAUUACCUGCAAAGGAUGUUUGAUUUUCAGAAAAGAAGUUGCAGUUACUUUGAGAACACUAAUGCGAAGAACCAAAUGGACAGUCAUGCUACAGAGAGCUCAUCUUAUGGAGGAUACAGUGAAUUUGGUGAAAUAUAUCUCAAUGAAUCAGAGGCGAAAUGGUUUGCAUCAUAAAAUGUUUGGAAUGGAAAACAAAAAUCCAAUCACUUUAGAUAGAUAGCCUGAAGGCAACCGGUUUGGAUUACAAGACCAAAGAAAUUCAACAAUGUAUAUAAUGCGCAUGAUAGCAUUAUAGUAUUUUAUUUGCACCAAAUAAAAUAAUUACUUAGCGAAACAUCAGAGGUAAUUAAGCCUCUAGUUUCAUAUGAUCCAAGAUGUUCUUCCCUUCAAGUUUGAGAGUAAAGACCAUCUUGACAUAAUCCUGGAAACUAAUAGUCCUGCAAUGUGGCUUGUUUUUCUCUAAUGCCUCUGGAAGUGGUCCUAAUUGUGCAUCUGCACUCGGACUAUGAAAUGUAGCAACCGACAUGCGUUCCCAGUCUGUGUUUACAAUAGCUCUGUGUUCAAUGCUCUUGUAUUUCCCAUUGCUCAUUAUCUGUCAGAUAAACAGUAAAAAGUAUUUAUGUUUAGCAGUUACCGAAAUUGUAGACAUAUAAUGUUGAUUGAGAGCUAAGUUUUACCUCAAUGUUAUCUCCAAUGUUGACUAUGAAA